GUGCACCAGCAGGCUGCUGUGCAGGCCCCAAGGAAGGCUGAAGCUGAGAGGACAGGCGGGCAGACCUGAAGAGGGGUCUUGGGCAGCAGAAGCUCCCUUGAAGGGCAGGGUGGCUCAUGGAGGCAGCAGAGAUGGCCACGGCCAGGCCUGGGCGGCAUCAGCCUCCAGCAGCAGCAAGACGCAGGCUGUUCCAUCUGCUCAUAAGGACGUCUGCCACCAGUACCCAGGGGAUGAGUGAAGACCGGACCACAGGCCACCAAAAGAAGAAGGCUACCCCACUUAGAGACGCAGACCAUGUGGGGCUCCCUAGAGCUGCUUGUGGCAUGGUGUCUAGUGUUGGCGGCUGGUGGUACUGAGCAUGUCUACAGGCCCAGCCGCAGAGUGUGCGCCGUGGGGGUUUCCGGAGGCUCUGUCUUGGAGUCCUAUGUGCAGCGUGUGUAUCAGCCUUUCCUCACCACUUGCGAUGGACACCGAACCUGCAGCACUUACCGAACCAUCUACCGGACUGCCUAUCGCCGCAGCCCUGGGCCGACUCCCACCCGGCCUCACUAUGCCUGCUGCCCUGGUUGGAAGAGGACCAGCGGGCUCCCCGGCGCUUGUGGAGCAGCAAUAUGCCAGCCUCCAUGUGGGAAUGGAGGGAGUUGCAUCCGCCCAGGCCACUGCCGCUGCCCUGUGGGAUGGCAGGGAGAUACUUGCCAGAUAGAUGUGGAUGAGUGCAGUACCGGAGAGGCCAGUUGUCCCCAGCACUGUGUCAAUACUGUGGGCAGUUACUGGUGCCAGUGCUGGGAGGGGCAGAGCCCAUCUGCAGAUGGGAGGCACUGUCUGCCCAAGGAGGGGCCCCCCCUGGUGGCCCCAAACCCCUCAACAGGCGUGGACAGCAUGGUGAGGGAGGAGGUGCACAGGCUGCAGUCCCGGGUUGAUGUGCUGGAGCAGAAACUGCAGUUGGUGCUGGCCCCACUGCACAGCCUGGCCUCUCGGGCUACAGAGCAUGGGCUACAGGACCCUGGCAGCCUGCUGGCCCACUCCUUCCAGCAGCUGGACCGCAUUGAUUCAUUGAGUGAGCAGGUCUCCUUCUUGGAGGAGCAGCUGGGGUCCUGCUCUUGCAAAAAAGAUCUGUGAUAGUAUCUCACCACCCAGGUUGGACUGAGAUGCCACCCUUACAUCCCCUUCCAGCCGGAGUUCAGGUGCUAUCUGGUGGCGCCUGUGAGCAGAAGGCCCUGCUUGUCUGUCCCUCUUUCUUAGGAGGCUCCUAGGACUUGGGCCUGGGGGGUGGGGUCUUGUGACUCUGCCAAUGGGGCUUUCCAGAAAAGGUACGAGAGCACCCUGUCCAGAGGUGAGGAAGGGGUUGUCUCUAGCUUUGUCAUAAUAAAGCCUGGACUUCA